UUUUUAUCCAUUUAACACAUUCUCUCUCUCUCUCAAGAGAAAGAAAAAGUAAAAGAACGCUCUUUCUCAUUCCCUUCUCCUGCUUCGAUCAUUCGUGAAUCUGUUUCUCCUUGACCGAAAGCAAUUCCAUUUCAUAAAUUUUCGAUUGUCGCGUUACUGGUCUACCAAUAAGAAGCCGAAAAAGGGAUGGCGGCGGUGAAUGGGUACCAAGGAAAUACUCCGGCGGAGACAACGCCGGCAGCCGCCGGAUCGAAGCAACCUGCUCCUCCGACUAAGACCGUCGAUAGCCAAUCCGUUCUCAAAAGGCUGCAAUCUGAACUAAUGGGUUUAAUGAUGGGAGGUGAUCCGGGGAUAUCGGCUUUCCCAGAGGAAGACAACAUAUUCUGCUGGAAAGGGACAAUCACAGGAAGCAAAGAUACUGUUUUUGAAGGAACAGAGUACAGACUCUCACUCGCUUUCUCCAACGAUUAUCCUUUCAAACCUCCCAAAAUUAAGUUUGAGACUUGCUGCUUCCACCCCAACGUGGAUCUCUAUGGCAAUAUUUGCUUGGACAUUCUUCAGGAUAAAUGGUCAUCUGCUUAUGAUGUGAGGACGAUAUUACUCUCAAUUCAAAGCCUUCUUGGAGAACCGAACAUCAGCUCACCAUUGAACAAUCAAGCAGCUCAGCUUUGGAGCAACCAAGAAGAGUAUAGGAAGAUGGUUGAGAAGCUCUACAAACCAUUAAACGCAUGAUUCUCUAUCUCUUUCUGUAACUGCAUUCAAAAGAUCAUGUUUCUUUUUUGUACUUUGUAAUCUCAAUUUGUGCCAAUCUUAGUAAUCAAAACCCUUCUUUUGCAGUUA